GGAAGUGUCUCUGACUGUCUUUGCAAGUCACAUCACAAGCGAACAUGAUGCAUACUGUAAAUAUCGCUCUUUUACUUUGCUUCUUUUUCUCUAAAGUUUCAAUCAUAUGCACUGAAGCAUCUUCCUGGACCAUUGAUUUGCCAUCGACAGUCCAAGGACUCCCUGGAUCCUGUGUGGUGAUUCCUUGCUCCUUUAAUUAUCCCAAUCCAAAGAGGCCAGUCAAGGAAUUCACCGGGCUUUGGUUUGAUGGAGGAAAUCACCUAGCGUAUCACCCCGCCGGUGCUACGGUCGUACAGCAGUAUCAGGGUCGAAUUGAAAUGGUGGGAGACAUCAGAGCCAAGAACUGCUCAUUUAAGAUUGACCCUCUUCGACAAAGCGACAAAGGUCCUUUUCAUUUCAGGGUAGAAAUGGAAGACUUUGAACAGUUUUCCUACAUAGGCGACACUGUCUCCAUCGCAAUGAUACGUCAACUAAGUCCUAUCAAUUUAACUGUGAAGGAAGUCAUGGCCGGUCCAUAUGUGACUGCAUCCUGUUCUGUCACUCAUUCAUGUCCCGCCUCUCCUCCGGUCUUCGUCUGGAGUCACGAUGGACAAGAACAUUAUGGAACACAAGCUCUGGACAAUGGCCAAUGGGAAGCUACAUCCACAUUAACUUUUCCUAUCCGUACUAGUAAUAACAACAUGCCUUUGGAAUGUGCUGUAACAUACAAGGGAGGACAGAAGCAGAAAGUAUCCAAGAUCAUAAACAUCAAAUAUGCCCCUAAGGAUGUCAAAGUGGAAUACAAAACAGGCAUAAAGGAGGGAGAGGUUGUGCAUCUGAUAUGCAGCUGUGACGCUAACCCUCCUGCCAGCUAUGAGUGGCACGAUGACCACAGUGCUGAAGUGUACAAGGGGAGGCUUUUCUUGCUGCCGAAUGUCUCCAGACACAUAGGCAUCCUGUACUGUACCGCCGUCAACAAAAUGGGAAAAGCGAAAUCAGGACCUGUGCAGCUUGAUGUAUCAUACGCCCCUGAGAUUAAGAAUAUGUCUUCUUGCUCCUCGGAGCGGGAUAUGGUGAAGUGUGUUUGCAUUGCGGAGUCCAACCCCCCCAGCAGCAUCCACUUUGUACUUCCUAACGGCACCGUCCUACCAAAAGCCAAGAUAGAGAUACAAAAGUCAGUUACCACCGGGACUCUACAGGCACAUUUUCCUUCCUUUGGUUUUGUCUCCUGUGUGGUGAACAACAGCGUAGGCAGUGCUAGCACCACCAUCACGUUACCUGGCAAGAUGCUGUCUCUGUAUAUUUACAUUAUUAGCACAGCUGGAGCGGUUGCAGUGAUGGUGAUAAUCGUUAUAAUAUUGGUGGUACAAAAACAUGGGCGAACAACCAACGUGCCUGCUAUGGAGGCCCAGAAACCAAUGACCCCCCUUCAAACGGUGUCAGAAGCAAGUCCUGUCAGGAAAUCUGUGGAGGCUAACCACAGAAGCAUGUACAGUGAUCACACCUACGGAAACAUGACGGAGGUUGGGUGGACUACAGACUCUAAUGCAGUUUACGCCAACAUGUAAAAUGGACUCUUGAGGAAUGACUUGGAGUAUCAUUGUAGGAUUCCUACUCAUGUUGACGAAUAUUUGUACAAAUAUGAUGGUAUAUAAUGAUGGUAUGAUUAUAUGAGAUAUGAGCCUCUUUGAAUACCCGGAAAAGCACUAUGUGAUAAUGUUAUUAUUAUUAUUAUUUGUAACUGCUGUACUUAUGUUCCUUAUUUGUUUGUAGGCUGUAUCAUUAUGAAUCUAAUAUAAUCAAUAUUUUGACAGUUCUUAAUUAAAACCU